ACGAAUUUCGUAACAGAGGGCGCUAAAAAAUGGGAGACGUGAAAAACACGAGCGUGGGCUCCUCUACGACUGAUCGCUGCGGCUGUUCGCUGGCAGCUGUUGACUUCAGCGGUCGUUGAAUCGUCCGUAUGUUGCAUCGAGGAAAUAGAAAAAUAUAAUAAACCAGAUCGACGUACGUACAUGCAGAUUCGCACGCGUAUUACGGAUGCGGAAAUCGCGAAAAUCGCGCUAGAUCGAGAAACGAGCGGAAUAACCGAGGUCGGCGAAUGCUGGUAAGCAAGGAGCGGCGAGUAUCGGCGCAUAACAAAAGUGUUGUCGGCGAGACGAUGGCGUCGACGGAGCAAGUUGGUCUAAACAAGACGUGGGAGCUGUCGCUCUACGAAUUACACCGAACGCCGCAGGACGCGAUAACCGAUAACACGGAGAUAGCGGUGAGCCCGCGAAGUUUGCACAGCGAAUUGAUGUGUCCGAUAUGCCUUGACAUGCUGAAAAAAACAAUGACAACCAAAGAGUGUCUGCAUCGUUUUUGCUCCGACUGUAUCAUCACAGCGCUUAGGAGCGGCAACAAGGAAUGUCCGACGUGCCGGAAGAAGCUGGUGUCCAAGCGGUCGCUUCGCCCCGAUCCCAACUUCGAUCUUCUCAUUUCCAAGAUUUAUCCGAGUCGUGACGAGUACGAGGCCCAUCAAGAGCGCGUCCUGGCAAAGCUAAACAAGUCUCAUUCUCAAGCGGCACUGGUUAAUUCCAUCACUGAAGGGAUCAAGCUGCAGAGUCAGAACAGGCCACAGAGAUCUAGAAAGAAUGCCAACGAGCCGGAGAAUCCCAACGGUACAACGCUGAAUAACACCGGGGCAAAUACUAGCGGAAGAACAACACCCGUCACUCCGAUGAAUCCUGCAAAUCAAAGCGACUCGUCGCAGGGACCCAUUGGAAAUAUCAAUAACAGUAAUGGCCUGGGAAAUGUUAUUUCUAAUCCGAAUCAACAAAAUUCUAACAACACCGUAUCUCAACCAGCUAGUAGUCCUGCCGUUUCAGGGACAACGUCGAGAAAUUCAACAACGCCAUCUCCAAACCCAUCAAAUCAAAUUCCAAAGCCAGCAAAACGUCAAAAAAGUUUGCAGAAUUCGGAAAACGAUUCGGCGGGAUCUAGUAUAGAGGCUGAAACAGGUGGCGGUGAUUCUAUGGUGGAUACCGAAGGCGAAGGACCAAGUGAACCGUUGAUGCUGAACGAGAUUGAACUAGUUUUCAAACCGCAUCCAACAGAAAUGGCAGGCGAUAACUCACUGGUCAAGGCGUUGAAAGAAAACAGUGUUCGAUAUAUAAAAACAACGGCGAAUGCGACAGUCGACCAUCUGAGCAAAUACCUCGCCAUGCGUCUGACGCUCGAUCUGGACACAGAGCUGUCGGAGUCCCACAGGCAUUUAAACUUUUGCAUCUACAUCGCCCCGUCCCCAGGACAGCUCGUGGUUUUGAGCGGUUCUCAAACGUUGCGUCAAGUAAACGACAAAUUUUGGCGAGUAAACAGGCCCCUAGAGAUGUAUUAUUCUUGGAAGAAAACCUAGGGAAGGCCCAAGAAGUCUCAGUCAGACGAAAGCUAGUAUACAAUCGAUAUAAACUUGAAUCUGGGAGAAGGAACUUUCGAAAAUAGCUAUAACCAUGUUACAACGUUUUUACGUGAAAGAGAGAAAGAGCGGUUUGGUAUUUUUUAUGAAAACAACCGUAACAGAAAAUUAUUUGAUAAAAUACCCUACAGUGACAACAGCAAACAAAAUGAUUAAUUUUCACUCCUGCGAGCAAUUCAGACAGUAGCGAGAGACUUAUUGUUGCAAAUUACUCUGGCUCAUGCCACUAGAGACCACCUGUAAGUUGUGGACGUCACGUCACGUCAAUAAUGUCCGAGACAGCGUCUCACAAACACGUCACCUCGGUAACAGAGACCCUAAUGCAGUUCAGUUUCAGAAUUCCAUCGAAGUCACCGCAGUUCGAAUCAAAGAAUUAAGACAAUCAGUUAGCCCGACUGUUGCUGAAAAAGUUAUACGGAUUUUUUUUCAUAUUUAAUAUGUUCUAUGGUCCAGGUACCAUGAUCGUACUUCCGAGUGUACUAUCGCAAUUCGAACUGAGUUCAAACCUUUGCAAGUAACUGUCAAAUAGCAUAUUUGAACUUGUCCGUAUGAGAGCAAGCUCUCAUUAAUUUAUUAUCGGCGAGUUUGACGUUACUACUUGCGAGACGUACACUCAGAAGUGCGUCCAUUGGCGACCAUCGCUCUCGAGAGUUUUACCUUCACGUAAACAGGCACUUUCACUUCAUUUUUCCACUCUCUUCCGAUUGGGAGAGAUUGGUAAAAUUUUUCUCAACAGUAUCGGAUUUCUUAUUUUUCCAGCGAUCUGAAAUUUUAUGAUAUCAACUCGCGUGAGAAUGGAAUUCCGUCGUUUACGUUUGUUGUAAUCGGAACAAGUUGUCGGAAUUUAAACAUGUACAUAGAACGAAAAAAGAAAGAAAUACAUACUUUACAAGACCAUCGCGAUACCGUGUUAAAAUGUGUUUCAUAGUUUUGGAAAGGACACGCAAGAUACACGGACGUUAAUUUUUUACUCCGUUUGAAACUGUUAGUGUAUUAUUCGAACGUGUAUAUUAAUGUUAUGUUGAAUUUAAUAUCAGAUGUUUUUCAAACGGUAUGCCUAAACCGAUUUUUUAUAAAUACAAUUAAUAUGGAAUACCUAACACGAUAUACGUAAUAAGUGAAUAGAUACGAAUUACCCAUUAGUCGGCUGACUCGAUUAGGGGUAGAGGACCGUUUGUGAUAAAAUUGUGUAUGUAGUAAUUGAUCAAUAUUAUACAAUUAUACGAUAAGCCAUCAACGCUUUCGUCAAUCCGAAUUGUAAUAUAAUAUAUUUUAUAUGUUAUCUGACGAUGAAAUGAACCAGUGUAAAUAAUAUGUACAUAAUUGUUGAGCACUUUAUUAACAUGGCCCCAAUCAUCAAUCAAUCAUCCAGCUAUAAAUUUAAUCGUACAUGCUACUCUUCUAUUUUUAGAACUGUGAAAUUAUGAGAAACUUCUACGAAUACUGGAGAAAAAUAUCGGUUAUUCGAAAAUAAAAUUUCUACGAAUUUCAAAAUUUAUUUGACAUGAAUUUCUGCAUUAUAUUUUUUACAAUGCAGACGUGUUUCCAAAGUUCUAUGUGAAAAGCAAACGUUUGCGAGAAUGAGAAAAAAAAAUAUACGAAUACAAGUGUACA